AUGGCUGAAUAUGGUCUAAUGAUUGAUAGAGACCGUGGUGAGAAACCGAAAACUAGAUCUUGGUGGCGUGAGAAGCUGCUCAAUCAUCAAAAGCCUUCACUUUUCGCUUCUGUUGACCGGCGUCCUUCCCCGCUAUCGUCGAUUCUCCCGUUUGUUUUUUGCGUCUUCGAGAAUGAACUAGCCGCUUCCUGGCAGGGGCAUAAACCGCCUCGGUGCGGCAUGCUGUGGGCUCCAUGCGCUUCUAUGAAGGCGCAGAGGCUGGCAGGCAUUGACGAUGCCUUGCAAGAAGAAGCGAGAGCUGCGACAAAGCAGCAGGCAGUUAUGCCAGGAAAAGCAGAUAAGCUUGGCGUGAUGUAUGUGUCGUAUGAAAAAGCCCAAGGCAGCAGCAGGAGCAAGGCGGACCAGGGUGCGAGGUUGAUAUGCGGCACCAAAUCUUCAAUAUGCACCGAGAAAGUUCCAAGUCAAACUGAUUAUUGCACCGCUGUGAUGAAAAAGGUGGUGCUGGGUAAAUUGGGGGCCGGAAGGAAAUGGAUGCCUCGGAUCUUGGUGGAAGAGUGUCUUUUUGUUUUGAGGAUAGGAGAAUAG